UUCCGUAUGCCAAUAGGUGGGCCACAUCUGUAAUCCCAGAGUUCAGGAGGCAGGGCAGAAGACUCAGAAGGCCAAGGCCAUCAUCUGCUAUAUAGCAUUUUGGUUAUCCUGGGUUACCUCUGACUCUGCUUAAGAAAAAAAAAAAAUAAAGGUAUAUACUUAAGGUCAACUUAAGUAUUUAAAUACUUAAAUAUAUUUAUAUACUUUAAAAUAUUUAAACACUUUAUGAUUCAAAUAGAGGUUUAUGCUUUUCAUACAGUGAAGUGAUCAGGUCAUGAAAUAAUCUUAUUUAUUUACUUUUACUGUGCUGUGUAUUAACACAGUAUAUCUAAUAUGAGAAGCAAUUCUUUCUCUGCCGCUCCUAUUUUAGAUAUAAAACAUUAUCAUACUUCUACUCUAAACUGAUUACAAACAAAACUCAUUAUGUAUGACUGAAAUAAGGAAGAUUCAGAGCAAGGCAAGCAUCAUGGUAGAGGAGCAAAGGCCAUCAGAGUCAGUGACUACAAGAAUAGUGUUUUCCACUAACAUAGUUGUCUUUAUGGAAAGAGUUCCAUGUGAGGAUGGCAGAACAAGAUCUUAGCCUAACUGUACUGUUAUGCCCCAGAGUCAGAUUGCUUAUGACUCUCUUCCCUUCUAUAUUUGGUCUUCUGUGAUUUUCAGAGUGCUAGUGGAGACCCUUCCUCUCCUACUCAAUACUUGCGUUUUAAUCGUGUGUCCUUGAAUGAGUUUGGCCAUCACCAAUGAGUUGCAUGCUGAGCUGAAUCUUUUAGGUGUUAGGAGUGGAUAAAUGAUGUGCACUGCCCUGAGCCCCAAGGCCCGCAGCGGACCUGGCCUGUCUGAUAUGCAUCAGUACAGCCAGUGGCUGGCCAGCAGACACGAAGCUAAUUUGCUGCCGAUGAAAGAAGACUUGGCCUUGUGGUUAACCAAUCUAUUAGGGAAAGAGAUUACAGCAGAAACCUUCAUGGAGAAGUUGGAUAAUGGUGCCUUGCUCUGUCAGCUUGCAGCAACGGUGCAGGAGAAAUUCAAAGAGAGCAUGGAUGCCAACAAGCCUGCCAAGACCCUACCACUGAAGAAGAUUCCUUGCAAAGCAAGUGCACCCUCGGGCUCCUUUUUCGCCCGAGACAACACAGCCAAUUUCCUCUCCUGGUGCCGAGAUUUGGGAGUUGACGAAACAUGUCUUUUUGAAUCUGAAGGCCUGGUUCUGCAUAAGCAGCCCCGAGAAGUGUGUCUCUGUUUGCUAGAGCUUGGUCGGAUUGCAGCCAGGUAUGGUGUAGAGCCUCCUGGUCUGAUAAAGCUGGAAAAAGAAAUUGAACAAGAAGAGACACUUUCUGCCCCAUCUCCUUCGCCUUCUCCUUCAUCAAAGUCUUCAGGGAAGAAGAGUACUGGAAACCUACUGGAUGAUGCAGUAAAAAGAAUCUCUGAAGAUCCUCCCUGCAAAUGCCCAACCAAGUUCUGCGUGGAGCGACUCUCUCAAGGUCGAUACCGAGUGGGAGAGAAGAUCCUCUUCAUCAGGAUGCUGCACAACAAGCAUGUGAUGGUCCGUGUGGGAGGAGGCUGGGAGACCUUUGCAGGCUACCUGCUGAAGCAUGACCCCUGCCGCAUGCUGCAGAUCUCCCGUGUGGACGGCAAGACAUCCCCUGUCCAGAGCAAAUCCCCAACCCUGAAGGACAUGAACCCAGAUAAUUACCUGGUGGUCUCUGCCACCUACAAGGCUAAGAAGGAGAUUAAAUGAAACUCAUCUCUGAAAGAGGACUCAUGCAAUGGCCUGUGUCCAUUCUCCAGUGUAGUCAGUGUAGUUCACAUGCUCUGAAAAACCACACAUCAUCAGUAGGAAAAUACUCAAAAGGUAGCACUAUUUAUUUUUAAUGCAUCUGUAGAACUUUGCCUAUGGAGAAAAAUUCUAAACUCAAUGAAAUCAGACAAAUUGUAUGCAAAUCACUAUUUCUUGAUAUGUGAACAAAUCACGUUUAGAACAAACCUUGUUAGGAACUAAGUACUAGGUACUGCCAUUGAAGGUGAUCAUGACUAGGAGACUAUAUUUACAUAUAUGGGUAGAUCAACAGAAAGUGCCUGCUAUAUGUCUGUGAGCUAAAGCACCCCAGAAACUUUUAUAAUGGCGGGAUUUUAUAGCUAUUUUUUACAAAAUGACAAUGUGAUAAUGUGCUACUAAAAUUGUCUGACAGAACUAUAUAUAGUACAAAGUUUCCUCAGCCAUAAUACUUAACUGGAAAGGCCACUUCAGAGAUGUUUACAUUGACUUGGAAGAUUGCCUUAAAAUUCAUCUCUGAUCUCUGACCAAACCAACCUCUGGGGUACUUUUGGAUGUUGCCUGUGCAGCCCCUUAGGAGUAUCCAGUACCUUUCACACACAGAGAGGCUGUGUUUAGGAUGAUCACUUAGUGAAACGCACAUGCCUAAGCUAGCACACAUCCACAUUCCGAUGUGUGGACCACACAGCCAAAAGUUCAUCCACCUUGUGACUUUAUUUCAAGCAUUUUCUUACUAAGAAUAUAUAUCUUUAGUUAGUCUUAUUCUGCUAUGCCGUCUCAUGAAGUAAAUUCAUGUAGUGAGUGAUGUUACAGACUUGUAUACCCAGGACAGGGCUGUAUUGUAUCAAUGAACAGCAAGAUAUUGUCCACACUGAUUUAAAAAUUAAAAACAAAAGGUUAAAAAAAACCCCACACAUUAUCUGUCUCUGUAUCAGCGCUUCACUCCUAAAUAAAGUUAAUCUUCAAAACUA